AUGUCGGGCGAAGCAUGGCUAUACCUGUUGGCCGUCUUGAUAAAUGCCGUCAACCUCUUCCUUCAAGUCUUCUUCACCAUCAUGUACAGCGAUCUGGAAUGCGACUACAUCAACCCUAUUGACCUCUGCAACCGCCUCAACACUUACAUCAUUCCCGAAGCCGCUGUCCACGCUUUCCUGACCUUCUUGUUUCUCAUCAAUGGAUACUGGGUAGCUCUCAUUCUGAACCUGCCAUUGUUGGCCUGGAACGGCAAGAAGAUCUUUGAAAACCAGCAUCUCCUGGACGCUACAGAGAUCUUCAGGAAGCUCAACGUUCACAAGAAGGAAUCAUUCAUCAAGCUCGGAUUCCACUUGAUCAUGUUCUUCUUCUACUUGUACAGCAUGAUCGUCGCCCUCAUCCGCGACGAAUCGCACUAG